GCGGGGCCGCGCUCAGGGGCCGCGGUCGGCGGGGCAGGCGCGGUGCCGGCGCUGCCCGGGCCGGCGGGGCGGGCCCGCACUACAAGUCCCGAGAGGCGGCGGGUGCGGGUCGAGCCGUCCCCGCUCCCUGCGCGGCCCCGGGGCCGCGUCCGCGGCGGGCGAGGCGAUGCCGGCGGCGGGCUCGGAGGGGGAGGAGGGUCUGGCCGGGGAGCAGCCCGGCCCCGGCACCCCCAAGCUCUGCGGGUACCUGCAGAAGCUGUCGGGCAAGGGGCCGCUGCGCGGCUUCCGCAGCCGCUGGUUCGUGUUCGAUCCCCGCCGCUGCUACCUCUACUACUUCAAGGGGCCGCAGGAGCCGCUGCCCCUCGGGCACCUGGACAUCGCCUCCGCCUGCUUCAGCUACCACCAGCCCGAGGCCGGCGCGGCCGCCGCCGGGGACGAGCCCGCCGCCUUUGAGGUGCACAGCCCCGGCGGGGCCGUCACCGUUCUCAAGGCUGCGACUCGGCAGGACACGACCUACUGGCUCCAGGAGCUGCAGCAGAAGAGGUGGGAGUACUGCAACAACCUGGACGCGGCCAAACGGGACAGCCGCACCUCCCCCACACCCAGCGACUUCUCCAAAGGUCUCGUGGCCAAAGACAGCCCCGAUUUGAGUAUCCUAAGUCAAAAUGCUUCAGCAGAGAGAGCUAGAAAUAUUCUAGCUGUGGAGACUUCUCCUACAGACCUGGUAGGGGAACAAGCAGCUUCCCAGCCUGCACCAGCCCAAGGAAGUGCCAUCAAUUUCUCACUUAAACAAUGGAGUACUGAGAUCAAAAAUUCCAUGUCCUCCUUAAGAAAAGGAAGUAACGACAAUCGCAGGAGUAUAUUUUAUACCACUGAGGAGUGGGAAUUGCUGGAUCCAACCCCAAAAGACUUGGAGGACUCAAUGGCUCUGGAAGAAAAAAGGAAACACCUGGCAGAAGGAAGUAAAGGACUGACUAGUUCAGCUUUUCCAUUUGAUUUUGGCCGCAUUCCACACAAAGCAAGGCGCCCGUUGAAAGAUAUGAUUGGAUCAAGCAGAAACCGCAACAGCAGCGACUCUUCCCCAACAGAGUGGUGCUCUGGCAAUGGGAACAGGCUGGUCUCUGAACUGCAACUGAAGUAUCAAAGCCAGCAGGAAGAGUUGGAGAAGCUGAAGAAAGAUCUUUUGAGCCAAAAGGAACUUGUUCGACUUCUGCAGCAAACAGUCCGAUCUUCCCAAUAUGAUAAAUACUUUGCAAGCCGCCUUUGUGAGGGCGUUCCCAAAGAUACACUAGAGCUGUUGCACCAAAAAGAUGACCAGAUUUUGGGCCUCAAUAAUCAACUUGAAAAGUUAAACCUGGAAAAAGAUAGUCUCCAGCAGGAGGUCAAGAAUCUGAAAUGUAAAGUUGGAGAACUCAAUGAACGGCUGGGAAUGUUGAUGGAAACUAUUCAAGCUAAAGAUGAAGUCAUCAUGAAACUGUCUCGUCAGCUCAGUGAAUGUGAGGACAGCACAUCCUCUCAAAGUGGAGCAAUAAAUUCCCCCAUGGCCACCUGUACUAAUAAGGAACUACAGGAACUGGACAGACUAAAAGACAAUCUUCAGGGUUAUAAGACCCAGAAUAAAUUUUUAAAUAAGGAGAUUUUAGAACUUUCUACUCUACGAAGAAAUGCAGAAGCAAGAGAGAGAGAAUGGCAGGCAAAGUAUACCAGCUUAGAAGCCAAACUCUGCCAGAUUGAAAGUAAAUACUUGAUCUUGCUUCAAGAAAUGAAAACUCCUGUUUGUUCUGAGGAUCAAAGUCCUGCUCGUGAGGUUAUCACACAGUUACUGGAAGAUGCCUUGAAAGUAGAACCUAAUGAACAACCAGAACAAGCAUUUUUCAAACCCCACCUGGUCAGUGAAUAUGAUAUAUAUGGUUUUCAGACUAUCCCAGAGGAUGAUGAUGAGGAGAAGCUAGUAGCAAAGUCACGAGCUUUGGACUUGAGAUCACUUUCACUCAGUGAAAAUCGAGAGAUCUCCACAGGAGUGAAAUGGGAAAACUAUCUUGCAAGCACAAUGAAUAGAGAGAUGAUGCGCUGUGUGGAACUGAAGAACCUUAUUCGGUCUGGAAUUCCACAUGAGCACCGGUCCAAGAUGUGGAAAUGGUGUGUCAAUCUCCAUGUUAAAAAGUUCAAGGACAGUGCAGUACCUGGCUACUUCCAAAUCUUGCUUCAAAAAGCUCUGGAAAAGCCAAAUCCCGCAUCUAAACAGAUUGAGUUGGAUCUCUUGAGGACUUUGCCAAACAACAAACAUUACUCCUCCCCAACGUCUGAAGGGAUCCAGAAGCUGCGAAAUGUGCUGCUGGCAUUUUCCUGGAGAAAUCCUGAUAUAGGAUAUUGCCAAGGGCUAAACAGGUUGGUAGCAAUUGCACUUCUGUACUUGGAACAGGAAGAUGCUUUUUGGUGUCUGGUAACAAUAGUGGAAGUUUUCAUGCCUCGUGAUUAUUAUACUAAGACACUGCUGGGAUCCCAGGUUGAUCAGCGAGUGUUUAAGGACUUACUGAGUGAGAAGCUUCCACGACUACAUGCUCAUUUUGAACAAUAUAAAGUUGAUUAUACUCUCAUCACUUUCAACUGGUUUCUUGUGGUUUUUGUGGACAGCGUGGUUAGUGACAUCCUUUUCAAAAUCUGGGACUCCUUCCUCUAUGAGGGACCAAAGGUAAUAUUCCGAUUUGCCCUGGCACUGUUUAAGUACAAAGAAGAGGAAAUCUUAAAGCUGCAAGAUUCAAUGUCUAUUUUUAAGUACCUUCGCUAUUUCACACGCACCAUCCUUGAUGCCAGGAAACUGACUGCUAUUGCUUUUGGAGACCUGAACCCUUUUCCCUUACGCCAGAUCAGGAACCGCAGGGCCUAUCACCUGGAGAAAGUGCGCCUGGAGCUGACGGAGCUGGAAGCCAUUCGCGAGGACUUCCUGCGUGAGCGAGAGACCUGCGUAGAAAAAAGAGACCUUAUUAGUGAUGAUGAGGAGGAUAGCUGAAACUCCUUAAUAUAAACUGUUCUUUGGGAUCAUGACCAAAGUGAGUUAACCUCCAAAACACUUUAUUAAUCCUGUGAAACAGAAUGUAAACUCAUUGCUUUUGGAAAUAUGCAGGACAGAUUUCCAAAUCCCAGCACUUUCAGAAAUACCACUUAGUAUGGAGGCCAAAUACUUCUGUUUACAUUUAUGUUCCUGGAAUAAUUUGUAGAGCACUUAAUAUCUGUCUCAGUUUAGUCAAUCAGCUGAAUUGACAGUUGUUUUCCCACAGUGCACCAUUAAUGCCUGGAUGUGAAGCAAUAAGAAAAGUCCAUGCUCUGUUACAUUCAUUGCCGUCCUGAGUUUAGGGGUUUUUUGGUGUCAUCAUGUUUUUCAUAGUGCAGGCUCAAUGUGAGAGGACAUCCAUAUUUCUUGGAUUCGGGUUGGCUCCAUCCACCCUUUCUUGAGGUAACUAACCAGAAAAGCAUGGGCUGAAGAUUCCCUUGUCUUUUCCUGAAGUGUCAUGCAGUGGAUCACCAAACAGAACCCUUGAAUAUAUGUACUCUAAAGUAAAGGUAAAAUAAGUACCUGUUUCUGUUACUGCCUGUCGGGUGUGUACUGAAACAGUGGUAGCAAACAUAAUUUCUACUUUUCAGAGCAGCUGUGUUGAUAAAGAUUCUCAUUAAUAGAAAGGCAUUUAUAGAUCAAACUCUGUUUAAUCAAUUUUAUUUGUAUUCACUAUUUUGAUUGCAAUGGUUUAAAAAGGCCACAACCAAACUCCAGAUAUUAUGGAAGAAUGGAGCUUGUCACAGGAGUACCAUGCUUUAGGAGCUAAUUUUUUGCAUAUCUGUUGAAGGGUUGUUCUGUUAUGGUUUUUUGUUUCUGUGAGGGUUUUUUUGUUGGGUUUUUUUUAUCUUUUCUUUUAAUGCUUCUUCCUCUUUAGGACCUAAGGUGAAGCCUUGCUCUUUAGGAAGAAACACAGCAUUCUUUCUGCAUGACUGUAGAGCUUAUGUACAAUAGUGGUAGUGACUGGGUUCAUAAAACAAAUAUUUACCAAUGAAUCAAAAGAAACCUAAAGGUCACAACGUGCACACGGGAACUGAAGAUCCUUUUUCAACAAAAAAAUGCAAUAUUCUCCUAAUGUACUCAGCUUUACUGUGUGUUGGAUGCACUUCCUGCAAGACAGCUGUAAGGAGCAACAUCUGGGCUGUUGAGCUAUAGUGUUUCUGCUGUGGAGGUGUUGCUUGGGACCAUUUUCUCUCCUUUGGUAACUAGCAGUGUUCAUAAGUGCUUCUUGGGAGAAGGAGGCUUUCUUUCUUGCUGGCUAUUCUCUGGACUUUUGCAAUGUUUUUUCUUGAACUGUUGCAUUUCCAGAAUGUUGUAUUGAGUACAAUGUGUCAUGAUAAAACUAGAAUUCAAAUACUAGGCAGCAAAUCACCAAGCUCUGGGGAAGUGGUUAAUUAGCAAAAAAGAAAAUGAAUCAUUGGGAAGAGUCAAGUGCAUCAAGCUUGUAUUUUAUGUGUUUUGGUUUGGUUUUCUAGAAGUAGUAGUACUUUAUUUGGUAUAAUCGUGUAACUGUUUUAGUCAACUUAAGUGGGGGCAGAGAGAAAUCCUGCUUCUGUUUCACAGCACUUUUAAAAAAAAAUUAUUUUAGAUAAUGUAGUUGUAGCCUUCUCCAAGUAAGCAUAUUAUAAGUUAGUUUAUAUGGAAGGGAACUAUUUAAUCAGAGGUGAAGUUGUAACUUAGAGGACUACUUUUGAUAUAAAAUUUAUGCUUCCUAUAUGACACAUAAUUUUUACCUAGCCAGCAAAUCCUUGCCAAUAAGGAAUGGAUGGUGUGAUCAUCUUGAUUUGUAUGUUACCAGCCUUCUGAAAUGUCCCUUAUGUUGUCUGUGGUAAGCAGUAGCUAGGGUUUUUUUUUCUAUUUCCCUAGUUACUUUUGGUUGUGUACUGAAGGGCAGGGUUUUGAUAUUAUUGCUUGUACUGUAUUCUUUUUCUACUUACAAUCAGUAUUUGAAUACAAAAAUGGGACCAGGUUUUCUAAUUUUCUAGUUACGCUGUCUUGGUUUUGAAAGAGCUGGUCUCUAAAUCAAUAUGUAAUGCAGGCUUUUUGUUUGUGUGUUUGUUUUAACAAUGUUGUCAAGUGUGAAAUGAAUUUUUUUUAAGGUGAAGAUCUUCCUUUCGGUGGCCACAAAUGAAAUAUUAAGGCGAAGAAUUUAGAUACUUGUACUUACCCUGUUCCUACAAUCCAUUUUUCUUUGGCUUUGAGUCUUCAGUAGGAGCUAGUCCUGUGACUUCAGGAGAUGUUUUCAGACUGAUUCCAUUGAAGUAUUUGGGUUGUGAAGAUAAAGCUAAGUUUGAGGCCACGGUUGGAGAAGUUCUUUAGCUGAUGAAACACGACCUGCAAUAUUACAGGAGCAUUUCUGUUGGAGCUGUGCUGAUGGUUAUGUUUGUGUGCGCAUGUGUUGCUAUGUUUCAUUCUAUUAAGUUGUUUCCAGUUGUAGAGUAAAGCUCAGUAGCUCUGUUUCUUCUGCCACGGUGUGACUGUUACCCAUGAAUGUUAGGAAUCCUGUGGAAGUUGUUUUGUCUCUGGGUAUUCUGUCAGCUUGCAGAUAAGAAAUGAGCCGAUGCUGUUAUGCUCAAGUUCCCAGCAAGCUGUUGGCUUCAUUUUGUUAAGCCUUGUUUCUGAUUUAGUGAUGAGCUAAAAGGUCAAAAAAUUGCAGAGGCUUCUCACCUCUGGCCACUAGAAGUCUCUGCAGAACAAAAAUAAGAUGUAUAGCAGGAACUAACAUCAGGGGAGCUUGCCUUGCUGCUUUUCCAAAUGUGACUUAGUUUUCUAGUGGUGCUUAAAUAUGGUUACCUUAGAGAGUAGUAACUCAUUAGGGACAUGCUGGAUACACAGGUAGUAUUUAAACCUGAUUAAACCAGGCCAAAAUACAGUGUGCCUCAGUGGCCUGCCAAAGCUGAAUUGUGUGGAGCCCAAGAGUUUGUGCUUGUGUGUGAACUUCUGAGGUGGUGCAUGAGGUUUACCAUUCAUGCCAGCCAGACAGCAGGCAGGUGACCUGUUCAUACACAUAAGAACUCCCAAGAAAAUAUUUUAACUUCAAGGCCUUGCACAUAACAUGCAAAGAGUUCCUCAUGUGUGGUUCCCAGAAUAUGUGAUGUAACCCAAACCACUAAGUUGCAUUGUGCAGAAUAUUCCUCUAUUCAUGUGUGCAUGGCUUCCUGGUGAAACUUUUCAUUAGUUGUUUAAAAGGGUCUAUUAUCUUCUGUUAAAUAGGCAAAAAAUUGGUGCACUACACCUCUAGUUAUUAGAACUGCACAGUAUUUCAGCUUGACCUGUACAUGUUUACAGGUAGUGUUAUCAUCCAGUAUUAUCCCAUUGUUUGGUGGUCUUCUUUUUACCAGCUAUGUAAUCAAUAAAAAGGAUUUUUUCUGUUGCUCUUUUGGUGUCUUCUGUGAGAGAGUCUCCCCUUCCCUUCAGUGUUUGUAAAGAUGGUAAGAUAUUUCAGCAGAAAGGGAAAGAUUUUUUUUCUUAGUUAUAAAACAUUAGAAAUGAAUGGUCUUAAAUUUGACAGGGUUGGAUGUUCAGACACAUAACUGAGAAAACGGCAAAUUGAUUAAUUUAAUGAAAUUGUAUAGUUGUUUAAGUGACUGUUCCCUUAAGUGCCAUGUUAAACAUCAGCAAUAUGCGGUACAAGAAAUUUGAAUCACAAACGUAAGUGAUGUUAUCGUAAUGAAGAUUGAUGUAAAGAAAAAAUAAAUUGUUCAUUGCUUUAUA